UGUAAGGACAUUAUAGGCUUUUCGUUCACCUAAUGGAUCGUCUUCUGUGAAAUUGAGGAGCGCCCCCAAACAUUCAUUCAUCUCAAACCCCCCGACAAUGGCGCCCGCCGCUGCUCCCUUCUCAACCGCUGCUAUCUUCUCUUCCAAAUAUCGUAAUCCCGUCCCGGUCAUCUCUUUUGGUUCCCCUAAUAAAACUACUCCGCAUGCUCCCGACUCUGACAGCCGCCGCCGCCGCCGACAUUUUGUGAUCUCCAAUGUUCUGUCCUCGUCUUCGCCUCCCGCUGCCGCCCCCGAGGCCCUUCCGAAGCAGUCCUUUGCUUCCAGAUUCGCCCCUGACGAGCCGCGGAAGGGAAGCGAUGUCCUAGUGGAGGCCCUCGAGCGGGAGGGCGUGACCCGCGUGUUUGCAUACCCUGGCGGCGCCUCCCUGGAGAUUCAUCAAGCGCUCACUCGCUCCAAGCUCAUCCGCAACGUUCUCCCCCGUCACGAACAAGGCGGCGUCUUCGCUGCCGAGGGAUACGCACGCGCCACCGGCUUCCCCGGCGUCUGCAUUGCCACCUCCGGUCCCGGAGCCACCAAUCUGGUCAGCGGGCUCGCUGACGCUCUCCUAGACAGUUGUCCCAUUGUGGCCAUUACAGGACAGGUUCCCCGGAGGAUGAUCGGAACAGAUGCAUUCCAGGAAACCCCAAUAGUCGAGGUAACCAGAUCAAUCACAAAGCACAAUUAUCUCGUUCUAGAUGUAGAAGACAUCCCUCGCAUCGUCCGCGAGGCCUUCUUCCUGGCAAGGUCCGGCCGGCCCGGCCCUGUUUUGAUUGACGUCCCUAAAGACAUACAGCAACAGCUGGUGAUCCCCAAUUGGGAUCAACCCAUGAGGUUGCCAGGAUACCUGUCUCGGUUACCCAAACCACCUAACAAUGCUCUACUAGAGCAAAUUGUCAGAUUGAUUUCUGAAUCAAAAAAACCUGUCCUCUACGUAGGGGGCGGCUGUUUAGAUUCAAGCCAAGAGUUGAAUCGUUUUGUGUCCCUUACUGGGAUUCCAGUGGCAAGUACUUUGAUGGGGCUGGGAUCAUACCCUUGCUCGGACGACGAUCUCUCCCUGUCUAUGCUCGGAAUGCACGGCACAGUUUACGCUAAUUACGCUGUUGACAAGAGUGAUCUCUUGCUUGCAUUUGGUGUGAGGUUUGAUGAUCGCGUGACGGGAAAGUUGGAGGCAUUUGCCAGCCGGGCCAAAAUUGUGCACAUAGACAUUGAUGCUGCGGAGAUAGGGAAGAACAAGCAGCCCCAUGUGUCAGUUUGUGCAGAUAUAAAGCUGGCUCUAGGAGCGUUGAACGUAAUAUUGGAAAACAGAGGGGUGGCAAGGGGCAAGAUGAAUCUUGAUUUUUCAUCCUGGAGAAGUGAGUUGUCUGAACAGAAGCGCAGGUUCCCUUUGAGCUAUAAGACAUUUGGCGAUGCCAUUCCUCCACAGUAUGCCAUUCAGGUUCUUGAUGAGUUAACGAAUGGGAAUGCUAUAAUAAGUACUGGUGUCGGACAGCACCAGAUGUGGGCUGCCCAGUUUUACAAGUACCGGAGGCCACGCCAGUGGUUGACCUCGGGCGGGUUAGGUGCCAUGGGGUUUGGGCUGCCUGCAGCAAUUGGGGCGGCUGUUGGGAGACCUGGCGCGGUCGUUGUGGAUAUUGACGGUGACGGCAGUUUCAUGAUGAACGUGCAGGAGUUGGCUACGAUCCGGGCUGAUAACCUGCCGGUUAAGAUUAUGCUGCUGAAUAACCAACACUUGGGUAUGGUGGUACAGUGGGAGGACCGGUUUUACAAGGCAAACAGAGCCCACACUUUUCUGGGGAACCCUGCCAAUGAGGACCAGAUAUUCCCAAACAUGUUGAAGUUUGCAGAUGCCUGUGAUGUGCCCGCUGCCCGUGUAACGAAGAAGGAUGAGGUUAGGGCAGCCAUUCAACUGAUGUUGGACACUCCCGGGCCGUACUUGUUGGACGUGAUCGUGCCCCACCAGGAACAUGUCUUACCUAUGAUUCCCAGUGGUGGUGCUUUUAAGGAUGUUAUCACAGACGGGGAUGGCAGAUGCUCAUAUUGACAACUCUUUCAUUUUCAUUUAUUACUCCGUAAUAAGAUAUGUUGUGUUCUGUCCUACAAUCUGUGAAUGCUAUUUACCUUCAUUUGGGUUGUACUUGAUGCUUGAUGUUUUGUCAAUGCGCAUUUUCAUUUUUAAUGAAAAGUUCAUUUGAAAGCCAAUAGUGCCGAAAGAGAUUUUGAGGUUAAAAACAUUUUAUAGGUUGAAACUAGGGGUGCAAACGAGCCG